UGACGUCAUGCUGUCAACAUGUAAGAUGGCGACCCAUCACAGGCAGAAUGCAGCCGGGCGGAGAAAAGUGCAGGUGUCCUAUGUGAUCAGAGAUGAAGUGGAGAAAUACAACCGUAAUGGAGUUAAUGCUCUCCAGCUGGAUCCGGCCCUUAACCGGCUCUUCACCGCUGGUCGAGACUCCAUCAUCCGGAUAUGGAGCGUCAACCAGCACAAGCAGGACCCAUACAUAGCGUCAAUGGAACAUCACACAGACUGGGUCAAUGACAUCGUCCUCUGCUGCAACGGAAAAACCCUGAUAUCUGCUUCAUCAGACACCACUGUGAAAGUCUGGAACGCACAUAAAGGAUUUUGUAUGUCGACAUUGCGAACGCAUAAGGAUUAUGUUAAAGCUUUAGCGUAUGCUAAAGAUAAAGAGCUGGUGGCUUCAGCAGGGCUGGACAGACAGAUCUUCCUGUGGGACGUAAACACACUAACAGCACUGACUGCUUCCAAUAAUACCGUCACUACAUCGUCUCUCAGUGGGAACAAGGAUUCAAUCUACAGUCUAGCGAUGAAUCAGAUGGGCACAGUAAUAGUAUCUGGAUCAACUGAGAAGGUUUUAAGAGUGUGGGACCCACGCACCUGUGCCAAGCUCAUGAAGCUGAAAGGACACACAGACAAUGUGAAGUCGUUGCUGCUCAACAGAGAUGGCACUCAGUGCUUGUCAGGCAGUUCAGACGGUACCAUCCGGCUGUGGUCACUGGGACAGCAGAGAUGUAUAGCCACGUACCGUGUCCAUGAUGAGGGAGUGUGGGCGCUGCAGGUGAACGAAGCCUUUACACACGUCUACUCUGGAGGCCGGGACCGGAAGAUUUACUGCACAGACCUGCGCAAUCCCGACAUACGUGUACUUAUUUGUGAAGAGAAGGCCCCUGUACUAAAGAUGGAGCUGGACAGGUCAGCGGACCCACCGUCGGCCAUCUGGGUCUCCACCACAAAGUCCACCGUUAACAAAUGGUCUCUAAAGGGCAUCCACAAUUUCCGAGCAUCUGGCGAUUACGACAAUGACUGCAGUACUCCCCUGACACCGCUGUGCACACAGCCGGAUCAGGUUAUUAAAGGUGGAGCCAGUAUAAUUCAGUGCCACAUUCUGAACGAUAAGAGACAUAUACUCACCAAAGACACCAACAACAACAUUGCAUACUGGGAUGUGUUAAAGGCAUGUAAAGUUGAGGAUCUGGGAAAGAUGGAGUUUGACGAGGAGAUCAAGAAACGGUUCAAGAUGGUUUAUGUGCCUAAUUGGUUCUCCGUGGAUCUUAAAACAGGGAUGCUGACUAUUACACUCGAUGAGAGUGAUUGCUUUGCUGCUUGGGUCUCGGCCAAGGAUGCUGGGUUUACCAGUUCAGAUGGCUCAGACCCGAAACUGAAUCUGGGUGGACUGCUGCUCCAAGCACUGUUGGAAUAUUGGCCCAGGACGCACAGCAGCCCUAUGGAUGAGGAAACGGAGCUGAACCAUGUAAAUGGCGAGCAUGAGAACAGGAUACAGAAAGGAAAUGGUUAUUUCCAAGUGCCACCACACACUCCUGUCAUUUUUGGUGAAGCAGGAGGAAGAACACUUUUCAGGUUGCUCUGUCGAGACUCUGGAGGUGAGACCGAGUCCAUGCUGCUCAAUGAAACGGUUCCACAGUGGGUGAUUGACAUCACGGUGGAUAAAAACAUGCCAAAAUUCAACAAAAUCCCAUUCUACCUCCAGCCCCAUUCUUCAUCUGGUGCCAAGACAUUAAAGAAGGAUCGUCUGUCAGCUAGUGACAUGCUUCAGGUGAGAAAAGUGAUGGAGCAUGUUUAUGAGAAAAUCAUUAACCUGGACAGCGAGUCCCAGACGAGCGGUUCAGCUGGAGAGAAGCCAAGUGAGCAGAAAGAGGAGGAGGACAUGGCGGUGUUGGCAGAAGAGAAGAUCGAGCUGCUCUGUCAGGACCAGGUUCUGGAUCCUAACAUGGAUCUUCGAACAGUAAAGCACUUCAUUUGGAAGAGUGGCGGUGACCUAACACUCCAUUACAGGCAGAAGUCUACGUAAAGAAACGACUAGCUCUACACAUCCGUACACAUUUCCUGUUCCAAACCCUGUCAUGGACCUCCAAACUGUCUUCAUACUCCCUGUGAUCUGGUGCGUGAUGUUCCAUGAAGUCUGACACACCAAAACGCACGUCCACCUGUGAAUUCAUCAGGUCUCCACAGUCUGUAAGAGGAUCUGGGUGUGUCAGGUUUGAAGUAAGAAGAGGAAAAAAACAGGAAAAGGGAAUCUACUGUGAACAGUCAGCUGACAAACAGAAAGGCUGGUGUGAAUACAUUUUCAAGCUUGAGUUUAUUAUUUAAUUGCCAUCUGUUUCAUGUGUCAUUAGCAUUUUUAUUGCCCUGUUUUUUGUGGCGUUUUUGUUUUGAUGGACAUCACAUUGUUGUGAUAUGAACGACAUACAUAAAAUAUUUUUGUUCUCUUUCCUUUAUACAUUCCGGAGAUGUUGAUUUGUGGGCAUGUUUUCAGUUCUACAUUAGAGAGAAUGAUGAUCUGGGUUUGAUUACAAACCAUUAAAUAUUUUGGUGAAUUUAAAGCAGUGCAACUUUCAAAAGUUCAUUUCCUUUUGUCCAGAAGUCAACAGAUGUCUUUGAAGGUUUUUUUUUUUUUUUUUUUAAUAAAUAUAAAUAAAUGUUAACCUUCCAGAAACAUUGAUGCAUCCAUUCUGUACAUAAAUUGUAAUUAUUUUGUAGGCAGUUUUACCUUCUGAGUUGCUUUUAUUUACAGUUUUUUUUUAUUAUUAUUAUUAUUAUUUAAUCCUGUUCUCUUCAAAAAGGUGCUUUUUUGUGUGAUCUAUGAGAAAUGUGACAAAAUGGGUCAGAUGGAUUGGCUCAUGGGUUUCUCUGAUGAUCCAGUUGCUGCUAACAGCCUGUCCAACCACAAGAGGGCAGUAUAUACUGUAUAGAGUUUGGAGAACAAAACAGCAAAAACUUAAGAAAUUCUUACUAAAAGAUAUCUGGGUGGUUGAUUUUAAUUUAUGUAAAAGAGAUUGGGCUUUGCAAACUGUCAAUCAUAGCUGAGAUUGCACAAUGUUAUCAAAAUGCAUUCUAUAUUUGGUUUUAUUCUGAAAGAAUAAAUAAAGAAGGCAAGAAAGAUG